AUGAUCGGCUCCCCAGACCUGCUGGCCUUCUCCGGAGCAGAGGGCUUUUCCAUGGAGGCCACCUCAGAGGAGGAACUGGAGGCGGCGAGUCUGCCCGAGGAGCUCUCUGUGCCACUGUUCAGCCCCGAAAACCCCUGGAGCAACUCUUCACGCUUCAACAGAGACUUCAUCCUGGUGGCAGAGUUCUCUGAGCAGGUGGGCCCGUCUCCGGUCCUCACCAUCCCGGACGACCCCAGGGUGAUGGGCUCCUUUGACUUGAACCACUUCUCAGUGCGUAUCAUGUCAGUGGACUACCAGGCGUCUGGGCCUGCCCCUGCCCCGCCCUCCUGCCCCGGGCCCAGGCUGAACUUCAGUGAGGACUCCCGUGUGGUGCUUGGGGACUCCGCCGAGGACGCCUACGCCUACGUCCACCACGUGACCCUGUUCGACCUGGAGGCUCGGGGCAUGGUGCGGCCCUUCUGCAUGGCCUACGUGUGCUCAGAGCAAUCCAAGCUCAUGGAGAACUUCUGCGAGCUGUCUGCGAGCUUCUCCAGGGCCUCGGACAGUCUGAAGACUGGCAACAGACAGGCCUUCUCCGCCGAGCUGCAGAGGAAGCUGCAAGAGCUCGAGUUCAAGCGGCUGUCCCUGAAGCAGGAGACCCUUCUUCCCCCUGUGCAGCAAGGGCCGAUAGGAGAGCCAUCGGACCUGGAGGUCUUAGAGCUGUCCAUCCACACCCACCGCGAGCUGCUGCGCCAGGUCACCUCCUACCCCAACAGAAAGCUCCGGCAGCCCGACUUCUUGCCCUACGAUCCGGCCGAGUCCCUCCCUGACUCCUCCCUGCUCCCCUUGGACCCCUGCCGUGAGCACCGGCCCCAGCUCAAGGCCCUCCCUGAGCUCUGCAACUCCUACUUCCUGGGCGUGGUGAAGGAGCAGCUAGCCGACACGGAGGCCCGGCUGCGGGGCGACCGUAGCGCUCUCAGGACCAACUCUGUCCUUGGCCCGCUCACCAAGUGCCUGCCGCUCACCAGUUUCCUGUUCGAGCUGUGGCCGAGCGACCCCUUGGAGGAGGAGGAGGAGGAGGAGAGGGGCCAAGUCAGAGCUAACUGCAGUCCUGAGGCCCCUGAAGCAGACCCGCUCAGCCUGGAGUCCUUCUUCUCCUGUGUCGAGGAGAUUCCCAUAAAGAUGGAGGCAGAGCGCAGAUGUACUUCAACCCUUGACCGCUCCGUUUCCAUGGAGAUGACUGGAAGCGUUAGUAGCAGCGACAGCAUUGAGGUGCUGACAACGGAGAAGUCUUUUCGGACACAGCAGAGCAACAGCGACUGUGAGAGCAAAGAGUCUCCAGGCCUGCUGGUGGAGCCGGUGUCCAAACGUGUGCCUGUAGAUGUGAGGCGGGGGAGAGCCUACGCCCGCCGGGCCAACAGCGAGGACAGCAUCGAAGUCCUGAGCACCACAGACUCCAUCUUACCCGAGGACCUGAGUGCCAUAACUGAGGAAGCAGAGCCCUCCCCACAGUCCAACAGGAAGCUGCCCCCCCAUCCUCCAAAAGAGCUCCCAGAGCCAUCAGAACCAGCAGCCCUAAGGCCCCACCAUACACAUGGACCAGAGGAGCAGGGGACCAAGACAGCCAUGCCCCCCCUGGAGCUGUCUGAGUGGCCCAGCCCUGGGUCUCUGGUGGAGUCUUUGCAGGUCACCUCUCUGUCUUCUAUGGCUCGCUGGUCCCAGGGCAGCCCACCGACUCGGCUCCUCAGUGUGGAUGAGCGCUCUGACUGCACCAGUGCCACAGGCUCCUCUGAUCCCCCAGCCGUACUCCUUUCUUCCACGCAGGGCAUCAGGAGGAGGCGCAGGAGACGCAGGAAAGCUGGGUUGCGAGCCCUGCGAUUCAUAAAGCAGCACUCUUACUACAAACACGUGCUCUACUGCCUACUGUCAGGGCGCCCCCUGGUGGUGGUAGGGGCAGACGAGGCUGUGCUGAGGAAGGUGGUGGACGGCCUGAGUCUGUUUGUGCCCGCGCCUGGACCGGAGCAGCGGGUGGUCCUUCCCAGUCUGAGCAGCCCCCUGCACCUCCCGGACCUGCUCACCUGGAGACUCAUUGGCAUCCACAGGUCUUCUGGGAGUGCCUCUGCUGGGGUGGUUUCCUCUCUGAGCCGCUAUAGCCGUUACCUGUCUGUGCUGGAGCUGGACCAGAGGACCCUGAAGGCCCCUUUGUACUCAGGCUCGCUGAUUGGGCACCUGGCAGAGGCACAGUGUGGCUUUAGCAGAGGUCUGACUUACCUUCUGCAUGUGGAGAGUGAACUGAGUGUGCUCCAAAACCAGGCUCUGCUCUAUGCCGUCUGUCCCCUCUACAGACAGCGUCUCAAACUGACUCACUGUGACCACAGAGUGCUGCAAUUUCUGUCUGACCUGGUGGCCCAGCAGCACGCAGGCCAAGGGCCCCCUGUGCUGACCUACACUUACAGCUCCAUGCACCUGCACCGGAAUACUGCUGCCCCCUAG